AUGAGCCAAACGGGGGAUUCGUCAUCGUUUGUGGAGGAGCCCGCGUCGCCGGAGGCUCGGCAGCGGGAGCUGGAGCGGCAGGUGCUGGGGCUGGAAUACAGGCUGCGGACAGAGCACAGUGAAGCGGAGAUGGCGCGGCUAGCAUUGGAACGGGAGCUGGCCGGGAUGCAGGGCAAGUACAAGCAGUGCAUGGGGGAGCUGGAGGCGGCGCUGGCGGACACGCGGUACCUGUACGAGCAGAACGCGGCGCUGGAGGCGCGGGCGCGGGCGGCGGACGAGGACGCGGGCGGCGCGGCGGCGGCGGAGCGCGCGGCGGCGGCGGAGGAGCGCGCACGGGCGGCGGAGGCGCGGGCGCGAGAGCUGGAGGAGGCCCUGCAGGCGGCGCGCGGGGAGGCGGCGGCGGCGGGGCGGGCGGCGGCGGGCGCGGCAGCGGGUGCAGCGGCGGCGGAGCAGAGCGGGCUGCUGCGCAAGUACGAGGCGGAGAUCGAGCGGCAGAUGGGGGAGCUGCGCGCGCUGGCGGAGCGGCUGGCGGAGCGGGAGGACGAGGUGGCGGGACUCAAGGCGCAGCGCGUGCUGCAGGCGCACCGCAGCUACAGCGCGGAGGAGGUGGAGGAGCUGGGAGUGCUGCGGCGGACGCUACAGGAGCAGCUGGCGCUGUCGAAGGAGCUGGAGCGCGCGAACCUGGAGCAGGCAAACGAGCUGAAGCGGCUGCGGCAGCGGAGCGAGUCGCAGCAGUUUCUGCAGCUGGAGAACUCGAAGCUGCGGGCGCGGCUGGAGAAGACGGACGCGCUGCGGCAGCAGCUAGACGACCUGCAGCUGGAGAACGUUCAGUUGCAGGAGAAGCUGACGAAGUGGGAGGUGUACCAGGCGGACGGGUCGUCGCCGGAGAACGUGCUGCACGAAAUGGCGCUCGCGAAGCAGGAGCGGCUGGCGCUGGUGGAGCAGGUGGGGAAGCUGCAGCUGGACCUGAACAACAUGAAGAUCUUGAACGACGAGCUGGCGCUGGAGCGCAAUCAGCUGCUGGACCUCAACAAGAAGUACGAGAGCAGCAUCCUGAACCUCAAGAAGCUGAACUACGAGAUCGAGCAGCAGAAGCUGCUCUCCUUCGAGGAGUGCAAGCUGCUGCGGCAGCAGCUGGACGACCUCUCCGAGGUGGACAAAGACCACACGCCGGACACGCGCGACCGCAAGAAGAUCCAGACGCUGGUGGACACGUACAAGAACCAGACGGAGGACCUGACGAACGAACUCAAGAAGCUGAACGAGCAGCUGCUCGAGCGGAGCGACCUCGACGGGAACCCGCGCAAGCGCCGCAAGGCGAGCGACGACCUGGCGUUCAAUUACUCACAGCGCCUGAACGAGCUGCAGCUGCGGAACAAGGACCUGGAGCGCCGCCUCGCGAACAGCGACGAAAACGCGUCCCUGUUGGAGGAGAAGCUCCGCAAACUGCAGUCGCUCAACGAAAAGAAGAUCCGCAUCCUCCAGCUGCGCAACAACCCGCUGCUUAAGGACCAGUUCGUGAAGCAGAAGCAGCUCACGCUUCUGAAGCAGGAAAACCUCGAGCUCGCGCAGCAGCUGGACGCGCAGCAGGGCCUCGAGGCCGUGCCGCGGUCCGUGUACGAGCGCCAGCAGUACGACAUCCAGCUCCUGGAAGACGAGCUGUUCUCCAUCAACAAGCGCACGACGCGGCUCAAGGAGAUGUUCAAUCGCAAGUCGCUCGAGUUCAUAGACGCCGUCAACUCGCUUCUUGGCUUCAAGCUGGAAUUCCAGGUUGGCGGCAAGGUCAAGAUGAUACCGUGCUUCAAGACAGACCGGUAUCUGAUAGCCGACUUGCAGACGAACACUUUAAAGUCGAACCUCGACAAGGUCAUGCCGGAAUGGGAUGCAAUGCUGGCCGAGUAUGUGGGGAAACGACAGCAGCUGCCGUGUUUCUUAGCGAAGAUCAUGCUGCUCUUGGCAGAAUCGAGCUCUUCCCAGUAG